AUAUUAUGAAAAGUCCUCCACCUCUAACCUCUAAGACACAUGUUUUUGUUUGUAAAUAAAAUAAGUUAUAAUGUUGGCGCCAAUUAAGCAUUUACUGGGAAAAUAUCGCAUUGUUUUGGCCAGCGGGUCUCCCAGAAGACAAGAACUGGUCAAAAUGCUGGGCCUCAAUGCAGAGCUGUGUCCCUCAACAUUUGAGGAGAAUUUAAAUCUCGAGGAUUUCAAGGAGUUCUCGGAUUACAUUGAGGCCACUGCUCUGGGAAAAGCGGAGGAAGUGUUCUCGAGAUUAAGUGCUUCGGGCGAUUCCAAGGACUUAAUUGUCAUAGCCGCGGAUACGAUGGUAACCUUGGGAAAGGAAAUCUACGGAAAACCAAAGGAUCCUGCUGAUGCCUUUCGCAUGCUGACCAAUUUGUCUGGCACCUCGAAUCGCGUAUUUAGCGGCGUUGUUUUGAAACAUGCGAACGGAAUUCGCAAGUUUACGGACACGGCGGACGUGUACUUUGGUGAUCUGCUGCCAGAACAAAUUCAAAGCUAUGUGGAUACAGGACAUCCUCUAGAUAAAGCUGGAGCUUAUGGCGUUCAAGGACCUGGAGGAGCUCUCAUCCACCGGAUCGAUGGCGACUUUUACUGUGUGAUGGGACUGCCUUUGCAUCGCCUAUGCUGUGAAUUAAACAAGCUCUUUCUGGAGGAUCUCUCCUCGUAAGCGAGGUGUCACCAUCGCACCCAUCAAAACCAGACUAUCUGGAUUUUGUACGGCAAGAAGCGUCAGAGGCUACACACGCUCUGCUGAUUUUAAUCUUGGCUGAUAAGCGGCUAUAUCUCUACGACGCUUGAGGUUUAUUUGUUUUUUUUUUUUAGCCCAAGUCAAAAAAAAUAAAAAUCCAAAUAACAGCGA